AUGCUCCUGAUUCUACUUGUUCUAGUUCUUUGGACUGAAACAUCAGCUGAUCAGAGCGCAGGUACUAGUCCUGACUAUGCAGAUGUCGUGUUUCUGAUAGACAGCUCUGAUCACCUGGGAACUAAGUCAUUCCCCUUUGUAAGAACAUUCAUUAGCAAAAUGAUCAAUAGUCUUCCCAUAGAGACCAACAAAUACCGCGUGGCCCUGGCCCAGUACAGUGAUGAGCUCCACAAUGAAUUCCAACUGAGCACCUUCAAAUCGAAGAACGCCAUGUUGAACCAUCUCAAGAAGAACUUCAAGUUCCUUGGUGGAUCCCUAAGGAUAGGAAAUGCUCUCCAGGAAGCUCAUAGGACCUAUUUCUCUACACCCACAGAUGGGAGAGACAAGAAACAGUUUCCUCCCAUUUUGGUGGUCCUGGCUUCAGCUGAGUCUGAGGAUGAUGUGGAAGAGGCUGCUAGGGCCUUGCAGAAUGAUGGGGUGAGGAUCGUGUCUGUGGGGAUGCAGAGAGCUUCAGAGGAAACCUUGAAGACCAUGGCCACAUCUCAGUUUCAUUUCUACCUGAGGACAGUUAGAGACCUAGGCAUGUUUUCCCAAAACAUGACACAAAUCAUCAAGGAUGUAACUCAGUACAGGGAAGCAGCAGUUGAUGCUGAUAUACAAAUUCUAAUGCCCAUGGACUGUCAGAGAGAUUCACUUGCUGACCUUGUGUUCUUGAUAGAUGAGUCGCUUGGCACCACACAAAAUUUAAGGUACCUGCAGAGAUUCCUGAAGAAUAUCACCACCUCUGUGGAUGUGAGCUAUAACUGCAUGCGUCUUGGGCUGAUGAGUUACAGUGACAGAGCAGAGACUAUUUCUUUUCUGAAAUCAAGCACAACCCAGUCUCAAUUUCAGCAGCAAAUCCAGAAGCUUUCUGUCCGGCCUGAGAAAUCCAAUGCCGGUGCUGCCAUUGAGAAGAUGAGGAGAGAAGCCUUUUCAGAGUCAAGUGGUAGCAGAAGAGCCCAAGGAGUUCCUCAAGUUGCAGUCCUGGUCACCCACAGACCAUCAGAUGAUGAGGUGCGUGAGGCUGCACUGAAACUUCGACAGGAGGGUGUGACCAUGUUUGCCAUGAGCAUCGAAGGGGCCAACAAUACCCAGUUACAAGAAAUAGUGUCUUACCCUCCAGAACAGACAAUUUCCAAGCUGAAUUCCUAUGCAGACUUGGAAACAUAUAGUAAGAAGUUCCUGAAAAAGCUCCAGAAUGAAAUAUGGUCCCACAUUUCUAUACGGGCUGAACAAGUGGACCUUGAUAAAACUGGCUGUGUGGACACUUAUGAGGCUGAUUUCUAUUUCCUCAUUGAUGGCUCAGGCAGCAUCGAGCUAGAACAGUUUCAGGAAAUCAAGACAUUUAUGUCUGCAGUGACAGAAAUGUUUGUCAUUGGCCCAGACAAAAUCCGAGUUGGAGCUGUGCAGUACUCAGAUGGCAGUACAGAGGAAUUUGCUAUUGGUAUCUAUUCUAAUGAUAUUGAUUUAAAGAAGGCUAUUUUUAACAUCAAGCAACGAGGAGGUGGAACUUGCACGGGGGAAGCCCUGCAAUUUAUGCUGCCAAUAAUAAAGGCGGGAAGGGAGCAGCGGCCAUCUGGAGUUCCCUCCUACCUUAUCGUGCUGACUGAUGGCCAGUCUGCAGACAAAGUCCUGGAACCUGCAGAGAGACUAAGGGCUGAAGGGAUCACCAUCUAUGCAGUUGGCAUUGGGCAGGCCGUUAAGACAGAACUGCUAGAAAUUGCUGGGAAAGAAGAACGGGUUAGCUAUGGGCAGAACUUUGACUCUUUAAAAAGCAUAAAAAAUGAAGUUGUUCAUGGCAUCUGCACUGACAAAGGAUGUGAAGACAUGAAGGCUGACAUCAUGUUUCUGGUGGACAGUUCUUCAAGUAUCGGAGUUGACAAUUACAAGAUCAUGAAAGAUUUCAUGAAAAAUCUGCUAGCUAAGAUCCAAAUUGGUCCAAACAAAGCCCAAAUUGGUGUUGUUCAGUUCAGUACUGAUAGCAAGGAAGAGUUCCCACUUAACAAAUACUUCACGCACAAAGAAAUUUCUGAUGCAAUAGACAUGAUGUCUCUUAUCAAUCAAAACACUCUGACAGGAAAGGCACUGACUUUUGUAGCUGAAUACCUCACCCCCACCAAGGGAGCUCGUCCUAAUGUAAAAAAAUUUCUCAUCCUCAUCACGGAUGGAGAAUCACCGUAUAGUGUGAGAGAACCUGCUAUAGCACUUCGGAACGAAGGUGUGAUCAUCCUCUCUGUGGGGGUGUUUGGUGCCAAUAGAACUCAGCUAGAGGAGAUCAGUGGAGAUGGCAGUCUGGUUUUCCAGGUUGAGAAAUUUGUUGAUCUAAAGGCAAUAGAAAGUAAAUUCCUCUUUCGUGUAUGCACCCUCCAUGAUUGCAAAAGGAUUCAACUUCUAGAUGUGGUAUUUGUUUUGGAUAAUUCAGGCAGCAUAAAUGAACAACAGCAACAAAGCAUGAUUAACCUGACAAUCCAUUUGGUGAAGAAGGCAGAUGUUGGAAGGGAUCGAGUUCAGUUUGGAGCUCUCAGAUAUUCUGAUAAUCCUGAGAUUCUUUUUUACCUUAAUACAUACUCCAAUAAAUCAGGAAUUAUUGAGAACCUGAGGAGGCGUAGGGGCACUGGAGGGAACACCUACACUGCUAAGGCUCUUGACUACUCAAACAUCCUGUUCACGGAAGAACAUGGCAGCCGCAUCAAGGAAAAUGUGAAGCAGAUCCUCAUUGUCAUCACUGAUGGGGAAUCCCAUGACCGAAAUCUGCUCAAAGACAAAGCAUCAAAGUUAAGAGACAAGGGCAUCACCAUCUAUGCAGUGGGUGUAAAAGACGCCGUCAGAGAAGAACUUGAGACUAUGGCAGGGAACACAGAGAAUAUCAUCUUUGUAGAAGAUUUUGACAAACUGAAAGAUAUUUACCUGCCUCUACAGGAAAAUCUGUGUAGCAAGUCACAAGAGGUCUGUAACCUUCAAGAAGCAGAUGUAGUUUUCCUUUGUGAUGGCUCAAAUAUGGUAUCGGAUUCAGAUUUUGCUACCAUGAUAACUUUCUUGUCAAGCCUAAUUGAUAAUUUUGACACUCAGUCUCAGAGAAUGAAAAUCGGAAUGGCUCAAUUUGGGAGCCGCUACCAGGAAAUUAUUGAUUUGGAAAGCUCUUGGAAUAAAACCCAGAUGACAACUCAAAUUCAAAAUAUUCACAAGAGCAAUGGGCGUCCGCGAAUCGAUGUUGCCCUUCAACAUGUGAGCUAUAUGUUUGACUCAUCUGCUGGUGGGAGAAGGAAUGCUGGUGUCCCUCAAACUUUGCUUGUUAUCACAUCCGGCCAUCUACUGUAUGAUGUGACAGAUGCAGUUAAAACCCUGAAAGACCGUGGAAUUUGUGUCCUGGCUUUGGGCAUAGGAGAUGUUCGCAAAGAACAGCUUCUACCAAUAACAGGCAAUUCUGAAAAAAUAAUCACUUUUCCAGAAUUCAACAAAUUAAACGUUGAUGAUACAAAAAAGAGAAUGGUUCGUGAGAUCUGCCAGAGCUGUGGGAAAAGCAAUUGCUACCUCGAUGUAGUAGUUGGGUUCGACAUUUCCACUCUUGUACGGGGGCAGCGUUUAUUCCAGGACCACUUCAAGUUGGAAUCAUACCUCCCAGGCAUCUUAGAGGACAUCAGUUCCAUCAGGGGGGUGAGCUGUGGGGCAGGUGCAGAGUCUCAAGUGAGUGUGGCCUUUAAAGUGAACAAUGAUGAAGAAUUCCCCCCAAAGUUCCAAAUCUACCAGAAAGCAAUAUUUGACAGCCUGAGACAGGUCACCGUCAAUGGCCCAACUCAUCUGAACACUCAGUUCUUGCAGUCGCUAUGGAACACAUUUACGGAUUCACCUGCGUCCCAGGGACAGGUGCUUCUCAUCUUUUCGGAUGGUCUCGAGGAUGCUAACAUCAAAGUGCUUGAAGAUCAAUCAGAUAGACUCAGAGAAGCAGGGCUUGAUGCUCUGCUGGUGGUCUCCCUAAAUGCAACUGCUUAUGAUGAGUUUUCAAGCUUUGAAUUUGGAAAAGGAUUUGAUUACAGGACUCACCUGACCAUUGGAAUGAGAGAACUGGGCAAAAAGCUAUCACAAUACCUGGGGAACAUUGCAGAGAGGACGUGCUGCUGUGCCUUUUGCAAGUGUUCAGGGGCUCCAGGACUUCACGGGAUUCGAGGACAAAGAGCCUUGAAGGGGGCUCCAGGUCUCAAAGGUAGCCGAGGACACCAUGGAGAAGAUGGAGACCCUGGAACACGUGGAUAUAUUGGACCUCCAGGAGAGAAAGGAAUGGUGGGAUGUCCAGGGGAGAUAGGUCAAAAGGGAGCCAAAGGAUAUUCUGGAUAUAAGGGAGAACAUGGAGAAGAUGGGAUUGAUGGAAUAGACGGGGAAGAGGGCUUUCAUGGACUCCCUGGGAAGAAGGGAGAAAAAGGUGAUCCAGGAUUUCAGGGCAGUCCAGGUUCCAGAGGCCAUCCUGGGGAACGUGGGGAGAAGGGUUUCCCAGGGGAUCCUGGUAAUCCAGGACAAAACAAUAACAUCCAAGGACAAAAGGGCUCCAAAGGAGAACAAGGAAGACAAGGUAGACCUGGACAGAAAGGAACGCAAGGCAGUCCCAGUCCCAGAGGAAACAUGGGAAGAGAAGGCCAAAGGGGGCUCCCAGGUGUCCCGGGGCAGCCAGGAAAUUCUGGACUUAAAGGUGCACCAGGAAAUGAAGGAUUACAAGGAGCACAGGGGCUAGAUGGAAUUCCUGGCAGGAAAGGAGAAAAGGGAAGCCAGGGGCAUAAAGGACCACAGGGCUCUCCAGGACCAAUAGGACCCGAAGGGAGCAUUGGAAGGCCUGGACUUUUGGGCAAAAAAGGAGAACCUGGAGCUCUUGGAGACCCAGGGCCAAUGGGACAAAGUGGACAGAGAGGAAAACAGGGAGAUUAUGGCAUCCCAGGCUAUGGUCAGAUGGGACGAAAAGGAGUAAAGGGCCCACGAGGAUUCCCUGGAGAUAUGGGGCAGAAGGGUGAUAUUGGCAAUCCUGGAAAGCCUGGGGAUGGCGGACCCAAAGGAUUCAGGGGACUAAGACUCCCUCUAGGCUUGCAAGGUGAAAAGGGAUCUCCAGGACACCAAGGCCCUCCUGGAAGGAGAGGCCCAAAAGGCCUUGCUGGACAGCCUGAAUUUUCUCAUUGUGAGCUGAUCCAGUUUGUGAGGAAUCACAGUUCUUGUUGGAAAGAAAGGUGUCCGGUGUAUCCAACAGAGCUGGUGUUUGCCCUAGACCAGUCCUAUGACAUCACAGAACAGAGAUUUAAUGAAACAAGGGACAUCAUCAUUUCUCUUGUGAAUGACCUGAACAUCAGGGAAAAUAAUUGCCCUGUGGGAGCAAGAGUUGUUGUGGUUUCAUACGACUCAGACACCAGCUACCUCAUCCGCGGGUCCGACUAUCAUAGCAAGAAGCAACUCCUCCAGCUUCUUUCCCAAAUAAAAUAUCAGAUCCCCACAAAAGCCCAAGACAUUGGCAAUGCAAUGAGGUUUGUUGCCCGGAAUGUUUUCAAGAGGACACAUGCAGGAGCCAACAUGAGGAGAGUUGCUCUGUUUUUCAGCACUGGCCAAGCAGUCAACAAGUUGCCCAUCAUCACAGCCACCAUGGAGUUUAGCGCCCUUGAUAUCAGUCCAGCUGUCUUUGCUUUUAACGAAAGAGACUUCCUUGAUGAGGCUUUUGGGUUUGACAACACUGGGACAUUUCAAGUGAUUCCAAUCCUACCAAAUGAGGACUAUGACCCAUUAGAAAGACUUUGGCACUGUACACUUUGCUAUGAUAAAUGUCUUCCAAAUACUUGCAUCAAAGAGGUUGUUUUACCUGAAAAUUCAUACAUGGAUGUAGCUUUCCUCUUAGACAAUUCUCAAAAUAUAGCAAAUGAUGAAUUUAAGGCAAUGAAGAUAUUGCUGAGCUCAGUGCUUGACAACUUUGACAUUGCCUCAGACCCUUUAACUUCAGACUCUGGUGACAGGAUUACCUUGCUGAGCUAUUCUCCUUUGGAUAGAAGAAGGAAAAGUACGGUGAAAACAGAAUUUGAGUUUACACAAUAUAGCAAUUCAGUACAAAUGAAGACACACAUCCAGAAUUCCCUUCAGCAGCUCAAUGGAGAAACUACCAUUGGCCAAGCCCUACAAUGGGCCAUGGAGAAACUCUUCUCAGGAACACCCAACCUAAGAAAAUAUAAAGUCAUCUUUGUGGUCUCAGCUGGAAAAAAUAUUGAGAGAAAGGAAUUCUUAAAGAAGAUGGCUCUGAGGGCCAAGUGUCAAGGCUAUGCCAUAUUUGUCAUUUCCUUGGGCUCUACACAUAAGGAUGACCUGGAGGAGUUAGCCAGCUACCCACUUGAACACCAUCUGAUACAGCUUGGGAGGAUUCAUAAACCAGAUCUGGACUAUGUUGUGAAGUUUAUUAAGCCAUUUAUAUAUGUAAUAAGACGAGGAUUUAAUCAGUAUCCACCACCAAUGCUUGAGGAUGCCUGUAGACGCCUGAGUUCAGAAGAGGAUUUUCAAAAUGGCUAUCUCCAGUUUGACCGCAAGUCAUAUGAUGUGUCUUCAGGGGAGAAUAGCUUCUUUGGUGAUGAAUCAAGUGGUGGGAGAGUCUCAUCUAUUAUGUUGGAGGACAAUGGAAGUGACGAUUUGAUUUAUAUCCCAAGCCAAAUAGUUAAUCCAAAGAAAGUAAUGAUUAAAUAUGAAAAUGAUGAGGCUCCUGAAGAAAUGGCAAGUCUCACUUCUGGAUAUGAAAAUCAUGGCAGAAAAGAAGAACCAGGUCCUACUUAUGAAUCUAGAAAUGCCUCUCUUCAAGACUAUUACAUGGAUGUGGCUUUCCUCAUAGAUGCUUCCCAUAGAAUAGGACAUGCUGAGUUUCAAGAAGUGAAAGCUUUUAUAACCUCAGUGCUUGAGUACUUUCAUAUUGCCCCAGAUCCUCUGACUUCCAUCUUAGGAGACAGAGUGGCAGUCCUGACCUACUCUCCUCUGGGCUAUAUGCCUAACACUAAAGAAUGCCCAGUCAACCUGGAAUUUGAUUUGAUUACUUAUGACAGUAUAUACCAAAUGAAACAUCAUCUCCAGAACUCUCUUCAGCAACUCAAUGGAGAUGUUUUUAUUGGUCAUGCUCUGCAGUGGACAAUAGACAAUGUCUUUGUAGGAAUUCCCAAUCUGAGGAGAAACAAAGUUAUCUUUAUAAUAUCUGCUGGUGACACCAACCCUUUAGACAAAGAAGUCUUAAUGAAUAUAUCUCUGAGAGCCAAGUGUCAAGGCUAUGCCAUAUUUGUGUUUUCCUUUGGUCCUAUAUACAAUGACAAGGAAUUGGAAGAGUUAGCAAGCCACCCAUUGGAUCAUCACUUAGUCCAGCUUGGCCGAAUCCACAAGCCAAAUUUGGACUAUAUCAUCAAGUUUGUCAAGCCAUUUAUCCAUUCAAUCAGACGUGCAAUCAAUAAAUACCCCCCAGCAGAUCUGAGAGCCAAGUGUGUUAACAUCACCUCUCCCAAUCCGGACAACGUUGGAACAGAAUACACUGUGUUGUGA